UGUUACGACGGCCCCAUCAUGGCGUGUAGCCAGGAGGGGAGUCAGUGCGGUCGUGUUGAGAAAAUGUAUCAGUGAUUAAGUUUAUAAGUGAAGUUAUUGGUGAAGUGUGUGUUAAGUGUGAAAAGGGUUUGUGUAUUUGUGGAAAUGGCGUUUGAAUUGCGACUACACAGCCCCGCAGGAGCAGAGGCGGUUGUUUAUCAAUGGCCCCUUACCGUCGGAACUGGCUCGGAUAAACAUGACGGUGCCCUUGAGAUAGUGGAGACCAUAAGAUGGGUGUGUGAAGACUUCCCAGAGCUGAAACUGCCGAUGGAGAACAACAUUCUGGCCGACUAUGACACCAGGAGCUUCGACAGCAUGAAGGGGCUGUGUGACAGGUACAACAGGGCAAUUGACAGCAUAGUGCAGCUGGAGAAGGGGACAUCGCUGCCGGCCCAGAGACUGAACAAGCACCCAUCGCGGGGACUUCUGCGCCAUAUCCUGCAGCAGGUCUACAACCAGGCUGUGAGCGAUCCUGAGAAGUUGAACCAGUAUGAGCCCUUCUCACCAGAGGUGUAUGGAGAAACAUCAUAUGACCUUGUCUGUCAGAUGAUUGACCAGAUUGAGAUAACGAAAGAUGACAUCUUUGUGGACUUGGGUUCUGGCGUUGGUCAGGUUGUCCUUCAGAUGGCAGCUGCAACUCCUUGCAAGAUCUGCUUUGGAGUGGAGAGAGCAGACGUUCCUUCUAAGUAUGCAGAGAAUAUGAAUAUACAGUUCCGCAAAUGGAUGCGUUGGUAUGGCAAGAAGUACGGGGACUACCGUCUCAUCAAGGGAGAUUUCCUGACAGAUGAGCACCGCGAGAAGAUUGUUAGCGCUACCAUUGUAUUUGUUAACAACUUUGCGUUCGGCCCUACUGUUGAUCACAUGCUGAAAGAACGCUUUGCAGACCUGAAGGAUGGUGCCCGCAUCGUGUCAUCAAAGUCGUUCUGUCCCCUCAACUUCCGUAUCACAGAUCGCAAUCUCAGUGACAUUGGCACCAUCAUGCAUGUCUCCGAGAUGUCUCCGCUGCGUGGCUCCGUCUCCUGGACCGGCAAACCCGUCUCUUACUAUUUGCAUAUUAUUGAUCGUACCAAGGUACUCGAGCGAUACUUCCAGCGGCUCAAGAACCCAAAAGUGCGGGGUGGUGGUGGAUCGGCGGGGUCCGGAACAAUGUCUGCUGGUGGCGAGGAGGAAAAUACUCCGCCGCGGUCGUCGCGAGAUCGAGCCCGUCGGGACCUGACCAAGCAACUGAACUUGGACACGAGUUCCAACAGUUCACGAGACAGCGAUGACAGCACCUCUGUGACCACCAUGUCGUCACGCUCCCGAGUGGUGACAGGCCCAACCACCCGCCGGGCUUGGAGUGAUUGGUGUUCCAACUCAAACAAGGGCAAGAGCAGCCAGAGCGAGGAGGAGAACAACAGUGGCAACAUCAAUGGCAAGAGCAGGGCGCGUCAACCAAAAAAGCUUCGUUGCAAGCUGCCACGUGCAGGCAACAAGCCAACACCCAUGAUGCAGCAGACACGGGCCACUGCGCAGUCAAAGAGGGGAUCCCGUGGACGAGUCAAGAAGGGCAAGCCAAAGAAGACAAUCAAGAUUAAUGGAUUGGACCUCCUGCAUAGCCAGACUCUACUCAGCACGUCCCCACAAGCCAUAGGCAAGAAGCCCCCUCCAGCACCUGGCUGUGUUGACCAGCAGCUGACCAGCCUCACACUUAGCACCAAUUCGGUGCACACAGAGCUGGACAUCCCGCCUGCUCCUGCUGACACGCCGUAUGCCCUACAGAUCUUACUGGACAUGUAUCGUGCACAGUUCUUGCAGAUGGUCGAGAUAAUGAAGAGUCCCCACUAUCGGGAUGAUGUUAACCUGCAAAUCGAACGAGACAAGGAGCGCAACCAGAAACUGAGGAGUCGCGCUGCCCAGCUGGAGAAACAGAUCAAGGUACUGAUAGAUGACAGCGUGGCACUCCUGAAGGCCCGGAUGUCAGAACUUGGUAUCAAUGCCAGUUCCCCUGGUGACCUCUUGGCCAAAGCAAAGGAGAUCGUGCUGCGUCACAAGGAACUUCAGGCAAAAGCAUCAAAGCUUCAGGCCCAGGUGACAUCUGUUGAGCAUGAACAGGCCAAGUAUGUAAGUCUGCGGCAACAGGAGAUACUGGAGAAGUACCGCAAAUCAGGGCUCAUGAACGGAAUGUCUAGCAACCAGCAUCUGGAUGUAUCAGGCCUGACCCAGGAGUACAUCCUAAAGGAGAUAUCUGCCACACUGUCCCACAGAAAGAAACUGCAUUCAAAGGUGUCACGCCUGGAAACAGAACUCACUGCCCUCGAAAAAGUGAAUGAUGAACGCAAAUCACAGCCCCUGGCCAGCUCGAGCCUUAAGAUGAUCAGUGCCUAUGCCAAUGGCAGCAUUGUAGCAACAGUUGCAUCUAAUGAGAAAGUCCCUCAUGCCCACCCCCCUCUCCAGCCACCCCUCAUGAUCACCAAUCAUCACCAUGUUGUCCCCCCAGUGAAACCUCAGCGCAAGUCACGAGAAGCUCGUAGCCGGUCUCAGGACUGGCCUGAUGUCCCCGACAUCGGCAAGAUUGAGGAAAACAACCCAGAGAUCCUGGCACAGAAGAUUUUAGAGACAGGACGUCAGAUAGAGGCAGGAAAAAUCAAGGAGACCACCAAGUUCAAUGGAAGUCACACAAAUGCUGGCGAUGGGCAUGACAUUACACAUGUCAACAAUGGCAGAUAUGGCAGGCAUGGGGCAAACAGUCACCCGUACCAGUCUCAGAUUGGCUCCACAGGAAAGCUGACAGCGGAGACACUUCCUGUCCCCCGCGCAACUCCACGUACUGGCUCCAUCACAGGAUCAGACUCUAAGGCAAAGCAUGGACGGCCCAGUAGUGCUAACAAGCAGUUGGUGAGCUUCACAAGCAACCGGGCUCAAGAACCACCGCGUGUCGCCAAUUUUGAGGACCGCCUGAAGAGUAUUAUCACCAGUGUGCUUAAUGAAGAUCAGCAGAAUCGCCAGCAACAGCAGGCACUGAUGAGCACAGGUGGUUACCCAAACACCUCUGUAGUGAACACGUCGAUGAGUGGAUAUGGGAGCAACUGCUAUGGAAGUACCAGCUACAGUACGGCCUCUGGCAUGGAGGUCGUGAAGGCAAGUCGUGAGUGUAAGAAAGAGGAGAGGUAUAGGGGAAGAGACUCAUCCGUCCAGUCCAGUAGGAACUUGUCUGCUCAGCCAGACUACACACAGGUUUCCCCAGCCAAGCUCGCUCUGCGGAGGCAUCUGUCCCAGGAGAAACUGGCAGCUGCCUCUGCUCAGCAGCUGCAGGCUCUUGGAAGCAAUGAAAAGGGUUUUGUGGCAACGCGAACAAUCGGAGAUCUUGUUAGUGGAGAGAUCGAGCGCACGCUAGAGAUCUCAAACCAGAGCAUCAUCAAUGCUGCAGUGGACAUGAGUACCAUGAUGUCAGCUACAACGCCUGCCAAUAUUGUGAAUCAGAAUAUCCCACCCCGCCCAGAGAGGGUUAAUGUGCGCAUCUCACGUAUCGUGGAGGACUCACUGGCACGCAAGGAAACUGAGGAUCACGUGGGUGGCAACAGCCCAUCUCCGCUACAUCGUACUCCAGUGUAUUCCCCCAUCUCCAGGCCAAGCAGUGCAGAGGGGGGAAUGAGCACCACUGGAAACCCCCCCACACCCACAGGAAUGCUUCAUCCCCCCACGCAAAUGCUGGAGGGUCUAGCAUACCCACAGCACCGACCAAAGUCUCCACCUCCACCACACCAUGGCCUGGCUACCUUCCAUGUUGCAUACACCCACCACAGUGCUUCCAGCUAUCCUAGCACUGUGGCCCCCCCUGCCUACUCACCCCGCACCACAGUGCUGUACCCCCCUUCUUCAUCAGCUGCCUACAUCCCAAAGACGACCGUGUCACAGCAUGUGACCUCAUCAUCCCUGUCAACUUCAUGUCGCUAUGCAACUUCAAGCAACGAAGGAGGUUAUACCCCAGUGCAACUCCCACGUGCUGACAUUAAACCCUAUCAUGAAUCAUAUUUCUCGGACACAAAGCCUCUCAUCAUCGUGAACUCGACGUCUGAGCACAAGCCAUCUACUAGUGUCGCCACGAGUGAGGUGUCUGCCAGCAAGCCCCUUUACUCUAAAAGUGGUUCAGAGUCAUUUGGCCCAGUGGAGGGUCUUGCUGCAACACUGCAUGCCCGGAUAGUGGGGGGACAGGAAAACAGCUCGAAGCCUGGGCAGGAUUCAUUGGUUGUGAAGGAGGAGGCUGAUGACCGGGCAGCCAGACAUUCAGACUGCAUGAUGUACAAUGACAGGCAUUGUCACCAGAGAAGAGAGCCAGCAAAUUUGGGUCAGAGUGAGGCUAAGACAGAGGAUCGUGGCGAGGCAAGUCGUGUUGCUGCAGCUGUACCUGUGCCUGCCAUGGAUGUUGUCAAGACAGAAGCAAACGAGGCCAUGAAGGUGCCAGACAGUGCUGAGGAUGCAUUCGGGAGAACGGGCCAUCACUACCAAAAUGGCAGCUUGAAGCGUGCAUCACCUGUGAUCCAGGCACCGACUCGAUCACACAAGAAACAGCUCUUGGAGACUGGCAUGGCACAUGGCGAGACAGACGCAGGUGUGUCCUCUGUGUCAGCAGUGGUGUCAAACGCCAGCCAGCCACUCGCCAUUAGUGCCAUUUCAUCUCCAGAGUUGAACUCUGGGAAAUCUACACCUGUACCACCAAUUGAUGACCCAUCGGAACGACGGCGGCGGCGUGUGGAGGACAGAGAGGAAGAUGGAGAGGAGGACGAGGUGGGGCUACGUAAAGUGGACAAGUGGCAGGACAAGAUCAGCAGUGGCUUUGAUCGCCUCAUGUCAUUUGCUUCCACUGAGCUGGACAAGCGACGUCGCAGCACCGAGGGUGCCUCUCCCCGUGGUGGGGACUCUGCUGCCAGCUGCAACACCAGCCCAGACAGUGGCAUAGGCCAUGGAGAUCCACCUCCACCACCCCCAGCACCAACCCCUGCCAAGAAGCGGUCCCCAUCUGAUACAGGAGGGAAUAGCCCAGGUCCCAAGAUGCCUCGCCUAUUCAAGACACCUGCAUCAAAACCGUCCCCUGACCGUGUAGGACGGGAUUCUCCCCCCAUCCUGGAACCUCCACUGAUAGAUGACACCACAGGUCCCCCCAGAACGCCUUCACCAUCGUCAUCAGCUGACGAACAUCUCCCCGUGUCUGUGGGACCACCUUUCAGCCCGGCACCCCUUGAUGGGCCCUACAGUCCAGUUUCUACGGGGACCAGCAUCUUGCCGAUCAAUGGGGAGUCUAGCAGCCCACCUCCACCUCCACUGCCCCCAUCCGUCCCACUGAAGUAUCAGCGCACUGAAUCACAGGAGCACAAGCAUCACUUCAAGAAGAAGUUCUUUCAUCGAGAGAGCUGGAGUAGCAGUGGCCACUGGGGUAAGACUGGCGGGAAGUUCCGUCCCAAGGGCAAGGACUGGGAAUGGCACAGCAACAAGAACACAGCUCCCAUCCCACCCGACUUCUCUGUGCCUCCCCCUCAUAUGGUAAACACCUCACUGCCACCACCCACCCCUCGUUUCCACCAUCACCCACGGUAUCGUUCCAGCCACAACUGGGAACGCUAUGGCUCGGGCUUUGCCCCCCCACAAGACAUGGCCAGCCAGCCCUGGCCUCACUAGUGCGUGUUGUCACUGCCAACUGUAACGUACUGCCUGCUAACAGUGCUGCCACCCCAUGUUUUGUAACACACCUUGCUCAAGACAGGAUUAUGGCUAGAGGCUGUUGUGUUACUACCACUGCCACAUUAUUUAUUGCUAUGCGCAGCAUCGAAGUCUUGCGAGGUCUUUGUUAGUUCUCAUUUUGUUGCUCUUCCCUUGUUUUGAUGGAAAUAAAAUUGGGCAAAGAUAUUUAAACAUUAAAAUAUGUGAGGAGUGGAGUGUACAUAAGGAAAGUUCCCCCUGUGUGCAUGACGGUACACGUUGAGUGAGCGCAAGUCUAAAUGUGUGCGUGUCUGACCAAGUCCUUAUGUCAUUGUAUAAACAUAUAGCUGUAAUUUUCAUUCCAUCAUGGAGACUACCCUGGGAGGUUUCAAUAUUUUAUAAUAUUAAUAUUAUUAUUAUUAUUAAUUAUUACUGUUGUAAUGAUGACAGAUAUAGGGAAGACCUGAUCAGUAGUUGAGUCACUGCCAUUUUUUUUGUAUUUCUGCCGAACACUGCCACACAGAGAGCAGGAAAUGUGUUCAUGAGGUUCAGAACUGGAUCUCUGGCUCCUGGCUGUAAGUAGCAAAUGUACAUAGUCAUUGUUUUGUUUGAUUUUGUUGAUACGUUUUCCUGUAGGAUCAGCCAACAUGUCAUUGCACAAGCUCGGUCAUUUCAUUAAAUCGAUGGUUGUACAUAUGCGUCUUUGUCUCUUUCCAUGAUCCGUAUGUCUGCAUGGGAACAGUACUGACAUCUGGCUGAUUCUGUCUGAAAAUAUUUUGAGUGUUUUUUUUUUAAACGUAUGUGUUUAUUUCAGAAAGAUGUGGGAUGUGUUGUGUACAGCUCACAGACAGAAUAGAGAGAUCAGGCAUAAUGAUGACACUUAGAUGAAGGGAAAAUGGAGAAUGGAUACCUUCAAAGUGAGUUUUACAGUACAAAAAAGAAAAAAAGGAAGAAGUAUCAGAUUGUUGGUAGUUAGUCUCAGAAUUUGUACUGCCGUUGUUUUGUGAAUGCUGCAAAUCCACGAUCAUAGCUGAGAUGUAACCUGUCCUUGUGUAAUAAAGUGUAAGAAAUUGUAAAUUUCA